UCGUGAGGACCGACGGAAGUUAACAGUUUAAACGCGGCACAAGCUUCACUUUUGUUUGGGGAAAUGUGGUGUUUUUACUGUGUGUUUUUGCGUUUUUAACCUGGUAGGAAUAUUUUAGUGUCUGUAGUUAAAAAUGAGUUCGUCUGGGUCUCUGAGAGAGUUCAUCAGUCAGCGACUAACUGCUGCUGCUGAAGAAAUAUUCACAGAGUUUGAAAAAACCAUCGUCCAGUACGAAGAAGAGAUCGACCGACAGAGAAAAAUGCUGGACAUCACCUGGAAACCGGAGAUUAAACUACACAGAACAGACCCCGAAGAUGUUACCUGUAAAGAGGAGGAUGAUGGUCCUGACCAGCAGCUCUUUAACCAGGAAAUGAACUCCAGUCUGGACCAGAAGGAACCAGAACCUCCAGAGAUUAAAGUGGAACUGGAAGACGAUCAGCUGGAACUGAAGGAGGAGACUGAUAUCGUCAUGGUGACUCCAACCUCUGAUGAAAGUGACCACAAUCAACCAGAACCCAAAGUGGAUCUGUUUCUCUAUCAGAACUCUUUGGUAGCUGAGGACCAGGACCAGGAAGAAACAAGUCGCGGAUACUCAGAAUCAACCACAAGUGAAGAUUCAAACCCAAAGAAAAGACACAGAAGUGACAGUAAUGAUGUGAACAACUCUCUCAAGUCAGAGAGUCAUCAUGACACUAAAACAGAAUCUCUAAGCUGUGAUAUUUGUGGAGAAUCGUUUCAGGAUGAGAAUCUAAUGAUGAUACAUCGACAGAUCCACCCAGACCGCGACCCUAAUGCGUGUAAAAUCUGUCAUAAAAGUUUCACAGAAGAUGACCAGUUGAAGGACCACAUGAGAACCCAUGCAGAACAGAAGCCGUUUUCUUGCAAGUUGUGUAGCAGUAGCUUCACUCGACAUCGCCAUUUAACUGAACACAUAAGAACUCACACAGGAGAGAAACCGUACUCUUGUGAAAUUUGUCACAAAACGUUUGCACGGAAAUCUCAUUUAGUGUCCCACAACAAAACCCACACAGGAGAAAAACCAUAUUCAUGCAACGUUUGUCUUAAACUUUUUACAAGAAAAGAGAGUUUGACUCAACACAUGAAAUAUCACUCGGGAGACAUGCCGUUCUCAUGCACAACCUGCCAUAAAAGUUACACGAGGAGAAAUUAUUUGAAUGAACACAUGCAAAGUCACACGGGAGCGAAGCCGUUUAUGUGUGAAAUCUGUGGUAAAGGUUUCACCCAGCGGCAGCAUUUGGCCGACCACAUCAGAACUCACACGGGAGAGAAGCCGUUUGCUUGUGUACUUUGUCACAAAAGUUUUGCACAAAAGUCUAAUUUGAUGAUCCACACCAGAACCCACACGGGAGAGAAGCCACAUUCAUGCAACAUUUGUCACAGAAAGUUCACAAGAAAGGAAUAUUUGGCUGAACACAUGAAGGCUCACACAACAGAGAAGCUGUAUUCAUGUAAAAUAUGUGGUCAAAGUUUUGUCAAACUUUGCCAAAUGAUUUGCCACACCAAAACACACUAUGAGGAGUCGUAGUCUUUUCAGACUCGUAGUAAACGUGUUUUGUGUCUUACACCAAGAAUGAAUGUGAGAAAGUGUUUAAAACCACUUCAAUACCAAGUUGUGAAAUGUGUCAUACAUUUCUACAAUAGUUAUGAAUUUUUAUCUGUUAUAACAGUUAACUGGAGAGGCUAUUACACUGUAUUAUUUUUCAAAGAAAACAAACUUUUAAUUGGUGUUGCUGGCCUGUGAUGUAGGUUAUUACUAGGAUGGAAACUUUAUCAAACCAACCAAAUAACUUAGAUACGUUCUUUUAUCAUCAUUGUAAACAAAUGCAACAAUAUUGCAGAGCCUGGUAAAAGUAAUAAGAUAAUGAAUUAAGAUGAUGAAUUAAAAAAUGGGGGAACACACAAUUACUCCAAUACACUGAGGCAACACAUCCUGUAACAUAAAAAAGGACUUUAUUAUACACAAUGACAUUUUCAGUGUUUCAAGCUGAUAUGUUGUACAAAUCAUGCAGUUCAUCUACUGACCACUAGAUGUCCCCAAAACAUUCAACCAUUCAAAAAAACGUCUGUUUACUUGAAUUAAUUUCCCGUUCAGAGAUAAAUAAAGUAUUUUUGAAUUGAUUUAAUUGAAUUACAGCCAAAAUUAACAUAUCUCGUGUCCGUUGUUAAAUUUUACAUCCAGUUGCCAACAGAGAUUUCUAAAGACCAACUGCAUUAUAAAGUGCUGUGUUGGAGCUGUGGGACAUGCAUUCAUGUGAAAGGUGGGCUAAUGUGUGUAUAAAGGACUGUCUCAGAAAAUUAGAAUAUUGUGAUGAAGUCCUUUAUUUUCUGUAAUGCAAAAAUGUCAUACAUUCUGGAUUCAUUACAAAUCAACUGAAAU